AUUUCCCAAAACCCCAUCACCAAAUAUUUAUCCCACAAAAUCACUCUCUCUCUCUCUCUCUCUCCAAAUCUUAGGUUGCAAAUAGAUUUGACUAGGGUUCUAAAGUUAUUUGCCACACCACCCUUUUCUUGGAAAAUAACUAAUCAAGAAAUGGUGAGAUCCAACGGCCAAGAGAAGACAGAGGUGAAGAAAGGUCCAUGGACUCGUGAGGAAGAUCAGAAGCUUCUUGCUCAUAUUGAAGAACAUGGCCAUGGAAGUUGGCGUGCCCUCCCUGCAAAAGCUGGGUUACAAAGAUGUGGGAAGAGUUGUAGAUUGAGAUGGACUAACUAUCUUAGACCAGACAUCAAGAGAGGCAAAUUUAGCUCCCAGGAGGAGAAGGCCAUUAUUAGACUCCAUGCCCUUCUUGGCAACAGGUGGUCGGCAAUAGCAACCCAUCUGCCAAAGAGAACAGACAACGAGAUCAAGAACUAUUGGAACACUCGGUUAAAGAAGCGGUUGGCCCGGAUGGGGAUCGACCCGGCCACCCACAAGCCGAAGGAGAACCUGGGCUGUUCAGCCCAGUCGAGGCAGGCGGCCGUGGUAAGCCACAUGGCCCAGUGGGAGACUGCCCGCCUCGAGGCUGAGGCCCGCCUGGUCAGGGAGUCGAAGCUUCUGUCAAAGCUUCAACUCCUCUACAAGAUCGCGGCGCCCGUGCCUCCUCAGCAGGCACCGGCGCCGGUGUGCCUAGACGUGCUCAAGGCGUGGGAAGCCUCCAACGGCGGCGGCGGCAGCCUAUUCAUGCACGACUCCCCGACUUCAACCCUAAACUUGGGGAGAGUAAACGAGUACGUGCAAGAGAGGGGAAAUUUGAUGCAGGAGAAUAGUUGUUUGAAUUCUAUUAAUAAUGUAGAAGGAUCCAUGGAUGCUACGUUGUUGAGCUCCGAUUGCUACAACAGUUCUUACGCCGGAGAGUUUGAAGACAACAAGAAUUAUUGGAAUGAAUUGCUUAAUUUAGUGAGUUCGCCUGUGGAAUCACCUGCGUUUUAGUGUUUGUCUGUAAUUAUGUAAGUCUAGUGGGGUUGCAUUUAGUGUAUGUGAUUAGUAGGGUAUGACCUGCCUUGGUUGAUUAUCAUCAGAGAACUGCUACUUUUCUUCAUCACCAUAUCGGUUGGUGGUUGUGUUUUUUUUUUGGAAAUUGAAAUCAACCUUUUCUUAUUUAA